CUAGGUGCGUGCCAAUCAACACAUGCGAUGGUUGUUCAUUUACUCUUCAAAAAACUGAGCUUCUGUCGACAUUCCCGUUGUGCUCAAUAACAAAAUCAACGAAUUUCAGUUUACAACGCAGAACAUUGACGACGGAGUGCAGUUCCGUUCGUUGCAUCAGUCUAUUUUUAUUAUUUUAAUAAAAAAUGCCCUAGCCUAGUUCCAUCCGAACUUUAAGGCGAAUUUGAACAAUUUUUUUAGAGUUUAUAAGAGUUCGCCAAAUUUCGAACUUCAUACAUGAAGUUCGGCAAAUCCUGUGACUUAUGCUUCUUGUACUCUGAUGACUCCAUCAAGGAUGGAUCUGCUAGGGACGAACCUUGUUUGUUCUUUUGAAAUUAUAUCUAGAAGAAGCUUUUUCAUUUGAUUUGGCGCUGCCUUUGCCAUGAUUUUAUGCAGUAUGUUACGUAGUGAUAUUGACCUAUAGUCGUAUAGUGUUAUUGGUUGCUCCUUCGGGAUGAGGGCGAUAAAUUUAUUACUAGUCUCUAUAAGUACCUUCCCAGACUCUUUGGCAUUUUCAAUUGUUUCCAGUAUCUCCUUCCCAACGAUGGCCCAACACUUUUGAAAGAAUGCUACAGGGAAACCGUUUGGCCCUGGGUCCCUAUGCGGAUGCAGCUGAUCCACCACUCCCUUAAUUUCUACCUCUGUGAACUUUGCUGUCAACAUUUCCUUUUUCUCUUCUGUGAUCAACGAGGGUAUGUUCUCCAAGAUUCUUUGCUGAGCUAAUAAAUCCAACCCCAUCCAAAUUGUUAAGAAGGUCUUGGAAGAGGGCAACCAUGGCCUCUCUGAUCUCCCUUAGAUCAUCCAGCUCUUCUCCCUUCAACAAGGCAAUUUUGGAAAUUCUGUUUAUGUUCCUGUAGUGCUUGGUAAUGGUGUGAAUUUUUUUUGAAUUCUUGACCCUGUCCUUUAUCCAGGUCUCUCUGGAUUUCUGCCUCCAGAAAAUCUCUUCCCUGCCAAAAUUUCUUCAUAAUCCUUCAUCAACUUCUUUUCUUUCCAAAAGUGAUCUUGGUCCAUACCUGUGGCAAUCACCUCCUUGUUCAGAGCUUCCAGCUCUUCUUCAAUUGACCUUUUGCUUUCAAAGACCUCCUUGUUUGUUAGCUGUUAUAUGUUGUCUGCUUUAAGUCAAAAGAUUGUCAAAAAAUCUCUCCCUGAAGAAGUGCUGAUUAGCCUUGUGCCCAUAUUGAAGACCAAAAAGACAGAUGAAGUCUCAGCUAUAGUGCUUGAUCUAGGAUCUCAUACAUGUAAAGCUGGUUAUGCAGGUGAAGAUGCUCCAAAGGCAGUGUUUCCUUCUGUUGUGGGAUUCAUUGAAGAAGCAGGAAAUAUCGAUGCAGUCAAAGUUGAAGGUGAUAUGGAGGCAGUUUCAGAUAACAAAGCAAUUGUUGCAAUGGAUGCAGAGAGGUCUAAAUCAAAACCGAAAUUCUAUGUUGGUUCCCAAGCUCUUGGGUACCGACGUGAUUAUAUGGAGGUUAUUCCAGCAUUAAAAGAUGGUAUUGUGGCUGACUGGGAUGUUGUGGAUAGUAUAUGGGAUCAUGCUUUUCGGGAGCGUUUGCGAAUCGAUCCCAAGGAGCAUCCUAUGUUGUUAUCAGAACCAUCAUCCAAUUCACCAAGUCAAAGAGAAAGAACAGCAGAGGUUAUGUUUGAGAAUCACAAGGUCCCUGCACUAUUCUUAGCAAAAAACGCAGUCCUAACUUCCUUUGCUUCAGGACGUGCUACUUCUCUAGUUGUUGAUUGCGGCGGUGGACCAACAACUGUUGCUGCAGUGCAUGAUGGUUAUGUUCUUCAAAAGGCUGUUGUAUCAUCUCCAAUUGGUGGGGAGGUUUUAACUGAGUGCUUGAUGAAGUCACUGGAGAGUAAAGGGAUUACGCUCAGGCCACGGUAUUCAUUCAAGAGGAAAGAGGUUCGACCAGGAGAAUUUCAGAUAAUAGACACUGACUUUCCUGACACUUCCGAGAGCUAUAAAAGAUACUCACAGAUGACCAUUGCAAGUGAUAUUAAAGAAGCUGUAUGCCGUGUACCAGACACAACCUUUGAUGAGAAUGGAUAUGCUAACAUUCCAACAACACCAUAUGAGCUUCCUGACGGACAAGUAAUAGAAAUUGGAGCUGACAGAUUCAAGAUCCCUGAUCUUUUGUUCAAUCCAUCUCUAAUUCAGACAAUACCUAAUGCGGAUAAAUUAGAUGCUUCUGGACAUUCACUCCGGGGACUUCCACAGAUGGUUAUUGAAAGUAUAAACAAGUGUGAUGUGGAUAUACGCAGGGAACUGUUCAGCAGUAUUCUACUUGCAGGUGGUACAGCAUCAACGCAACAGAUGAAGGAACGCUUGGAGAAGGACUUGAUGGAGGAAGCACCACAAGCAGCACGUGUCAAGGUACUUGCAAGUGGCAAUACAACUGAACGAAGAUACAGCGUGUGGAUUGGGGGUAGCAUUCUUGCAUCAUUAGGAUCGUUUCAGCAGAUGUGGUUCUCCAAGUCUGAGUAUGAGGAACAUGGAGCAUCGUACAUUCAGAGAAAAUGUCCUUAGGUUAAGGAAAAUCAACUAUUGUUGUCUGCCUUGAACUAUUAAUGCUAAUUUGCGAUGGUGUAAUCUAAAUAUUAUUUAAGGUAAAUUAUCAUUUGUUUCACAGAGAUUACAAGAAGAAUUUUAAGAUUAUUAUAGAGACAUCUUUACAUUGAAAUGAUAAGUUAUACAUGCCAGAUGAGGCUUUUGGAGCUUUCAUUUUACAACACAAUGUUGUAUAAGCAUGUCUGCACAUGUGUUUUUAAAUACCACAAUUAGCUAUUUAUUUGCAGUUUGUGACUA